AUGGAAGGUAUUGACGUGGAGUUUACAGACGUGACCCUAAAGGUCAACGUAUGGGACCCUCUGGUGACGAAGACGUUAAGGCCAGAAAAGAAAACUGUUUUGAACAAUGUCAGUGGCUUGUUCCGUAGAAAUGAAGUAGGGGCCAUACUAGGAUGUUCUGGAUCUGGAAAAUCAACCCUCAUGAAUAUUUUAUCUGGUUACAUGUCAAGUGGUUACCAAGGAUCUGUAACUUUAAAUGGAGCACAGCGAGAUUUGCUAUCAUUUAGGAAUGUUUCAAGCUACAUCAUGCAAGAGGAUAGUUUGCAAUUGUAUUUAACUGUUCAAGAAUCAAUGGAGUUUGCCAUGAAGCUGAAACAUUCAAUAUCUAAAUUGGAUGUUCAAAAAAGAAUCUCAAUAGACGGUUUACUUCAUAAUUUACUUUUACAUGAUAAACGAGACUCGUUGGUUUAUAAUUUAUCCGGUGGAGAGUGUAGAAGACUGACCAUUGCUUUAGAAUUAGUUCGCAGCCCAAAAGUGAUGUUUUUUGAUGAACCAACAACAGGUCUGGAUAUAGUGUCUGCAAAUAAUGUUGUUAAGAUUAUGAGAAAAUUGGCCGACUCUGGGAAAACAAUAAUAUGCACUAUACAUCAAGCAUCAGCUUCUCAUUUGACAAAUUUUGACACUGUUUAUGUUCUUACACCUUCAGGACAAUGCAUGUAUAAUGGAAAAUCAUCACACAUAAUUGAUUAUUUCUCAGAUCUUGGAUUUCAAUGUCCUGAGUAUCACAAUCCUGCUGAUUAUGUAAUUGAACUGAGUUUGGGUGAAUAUGGAAUACCCAUUGAUACAAUGAUUGAGCUAGUUAAAGAAACAAACAAGAAUGAUCGACACAUAAUUAACCAAAGUGCUAAGUCUGUACCUGUAAUUUAUUGUCGAGAAUAUUCUUCAAAAUGUUUUCCUGAGCUUUGUAUACUUAUGCACAGAACUUUGCUAACUACUUUUAGAGAUCAUUUUCUAGUUAAAGUAAGACUUUUUGUCCACUUCUUGCUGGGGAGCAUGUUUGGAAUUGUUUACAUAGGACUUGGGAAGAGCGCUAUGCACGUUCGUGACAAUGCAGUAUUACUAUUUUUCUGUGUAAUGUUUAUGACUUAUGUAGCAGCCUUUACCAUGUCUAUAAAAUUUCCGUUAGAAUUGUCAGUGAUGCGGAAAGAAUAUUUUAACAGAUGGUAUUCGUUAAGUUCUUAUUACAUUUCUGUCACUAUCGUGGAUCUACCAGUACAAAUUUUUUGUACUUUUUUGUUUUGUUCGCUAAUAUACUUGUUAUCUGGUCAACCUUUAAUACUCUUUAGGAUUUCAAUGUUUCUGUUGAUAUUUAUUGUGACAGGACUUAUGUCACAAGCAAUUGGAAUGCUUGUCAGUACCCUCUGCAAAGGUUUUGUUAUUAAUACCGUUAUAGUUGCAUUAAUAUUAAUGUUUUGGACCACUUAUGCAGGUGGCAUGAUAAGAAUAUCUGAUACCCCUAAAAUAUAUCGAUGGUUAUAUGAUGUAUCAUUUAUGAAACAUUCUGUGCAAGGUGUACUUCAUUCAGUUUAUGGUUAUGAUCGAUCUGUAUUGCCUUGUCCAGUUAUGUUUUGUCCAUUUGGUUCACCAAAAGUAAUGCUUAAAACAAUUGAUAUGGGUGAGAAUUUGUACUGGAUAAAUGUCAGCUUUAUCACUAGUAUUUAUGUUGUAUUGAAAGUAUGUGCUUUUAUCGCACUAAAGUAUAAGUUGUCUUCUACUUGA